CCCGUGGGCACUGUAGCCCCAGUCGCCGCCGCCACCCGCGCGCCCCACUCCCGGAACAGUUCCUGCGCGGCGCGAGACGCACCAUGGCUCGCCGGGCCGCCCUCGCGCUGCUGCUGGUCGGCCUGCUCAGCACCCUGGUGCCCGCCUGGGGCCAAGAUUUCGAUUUGUCGGAUGCCCUUGGUGAUGACGACAAGAAGCCUACGGCACCCCCCAAGAGACCCAGCUCUGACGAUGAUGGGUUCAGUCUGGAAGAUGCCGUCGGCGGGGGAGGAGAGAACGACCCAGUGCCACCUAAACCACCCAAACCGAAGCCUCAUCCGAACCCCAACCAGCCUGGAUCUUCUGGUGGUUUUUCAGAUUCCGAUCUCAUCGAUGGAGCUUCAGAUGGAGGAGGUGGUGGCGGUGGUGAUGGAGGAAACCAAAAGCCUGAUGGGGGGGAGCAGGCUGACUCCCCUGGGGUAGUCCCUGGCAUCAUUGGGGCCGUUGUGGUGGCCGUGGCCGGAGCGAUCUCUAGCUUUAUCGCCUACCAGAAGAAAAAGUUGUGCUUCAAAGAAAACGCCGACCAAGGUGAGCCCAGCUCCAAGAACCAACAGAGCACCAGCGCCGACCAGCCAGUUCAGUGGAGUCUUCUGGAAAAGUAGAAGCUUGACUGCAAACGCAAAUCCUCGACGUUCCCAGCAGGAGAACAAGACUCCCCUGCUGCAUCUUCCCAAGAAACACGUGCACCAGGGUAGCAGUGGCCACGGCGGAAUCCAGCCCCGUCCUGCCCACGCCUGUGCUCACGUUGAGACUCUUUGUUUUGACCUUGAGAUGCGUUGUGCCCAUUUGCAGCAUGCUGGGUAGACGAGGGAUACUAACGCCGAGUGUUCCACCCCGAGAGGGGAGUUUUGCUCACCCUGUCCGUGGCCGUUAAGGGUUUCCCCGUGGGGUGUGAAAGGCCGAUUGUGCAUCACAAAGUCAUUCCAAUACCGACCCCACUGAAGCUCCUCCACCCGGAACUCUGGGCCGUUUACCAGUUAACAGAACUGUCCCUGGCAUUGACCCUCGGAUAUGGUGAGAUAAGCGUUUCAUUAGUGUCCUCAAAAUGUCCUUCAUUGGGUAGGAUUUUUUUUUCACACCAGACUAAUAAAAAAGAAAUUAGAAACCAAGUACUUUUUACUUAAAUAUCUUAUCAUGGGCUGACGUUUAAAGAAGGCUGUGGAAACCAGUGGAAUGGACCCCGUGGUCCCUUUUCUGGGGCUGCAGGACAAACAGUCAACCCAUGUGUACCCCCUGCAUUUUCGGGAUUUUCUUUCUCUGCCUACUUCCCUCCACUGGUCUUAGUACAUUGGGGACAAGGACUUCUCAGCAUUCAGAUACUCCCCUGCAUUGCAUAUUUCUCUGCAUGCAGAUACUCCACUGAAUCCAGAUACUCCCUUACAUUCAGAUACUGCCCUGCAUCAGAUACUCCUGUAAUUCAGAUAUUCCUCUGCAUUAGAUACUUCUCUAUAUUCAGGUAGUCCCCGGCAUUCAUAUACUCCCCUGCAUGAGAUACCCUCCUGCAUCAGAUAUUACCCUGCAUUCAGAUACUCCCCUGCAUUACAUACUUCUCUAUAUUUAGGUACUCCCCUGAAUCAGAGGCUUCCUUGCAUCCAGAUACUCCCCUGAAUCAGAUACUCCUCCGCAGUUCAGCUACUCCCCUGAAUUAGAUACUCCUCUGCGUUCAGAUACUGCCCUCUUCUUCCAUGUGGGUUUUUUGUGGAAAUUUGUUAACUGUAAUGUCUUUACAAAGUGUCUUAACUGCUUUGGUGUGAAAGCUUGCUUUACCUUUGGGGUAAAACUGCUUUGUGGCUCAGGAGCUCCUGCUACGUUUCCUAACAACUUGAAAUGAACCAAAAGCAUACUCUUCCUCCUUGA